AUGAAAAAGGAAAAGAACUGUUAUUAUAUAACUCCGAAAGGGAGGCAAAAAUGCUUUAAAAAUAUUAAAUUAAUUACAUUUGACCUUGAUCAUACAAUAUGGAAUAUAGAGGCUUUAUUAAAUUAUGCAGAUAAUGAAUGCUAUAAAUAUAUGAGAAAAAAUUAUAAGAGAUUAUAUGACUAUUUACUGAAAGAAUAUGAAUUAUCUAUUACAAAAUUAGUACAACAAUUACUGGAAAAAAAUCAUGAUUUUAGUAAAGAUGUAGUUCAAAUUUUGACAAGAAUAAGAAUUGAUGCUCUAAAAUAUUUAGCUAAGCAAACUAAUUAUGAUGAAAUAAAGUUCUCUUCAGAAAUACAAGAACUGUGGUAUAAAAAGAAAAAUGAUGUUCAUUUAUUUAUUAGUCCAGGAACAUUAGAAUAUUUACGAGAAUUAAAAAGUCGAGGAUACAUUUUAGGUGCAAUUACAAAUGGAGACUCUGAUGUGAAUGGAAUAAAAUUUUUAAAUGAAAUUUUUACCUUUGUUGUUAGAUCGAUGGAUUAUAAUUGUGCUAAACCAAGUGUUGAGAUAUUUAAUGUUGCUGAAAAUUUACUAAAGGAAAGAAACAUUAAAUUCAAUGUUGAGGAAUGGUUACAUGUUGGUGAUGAUGUUUAUACUGAUGUAAUGGGUGCUAAGAAUAAAAAUAUUAAUUGCGCUUGGAUAACUAUAUUUAGAGAUGGUAGAGAAGUUUCAGAAAAUGAAUGGUAUUCCUAUUUGAAAUUAAAAUUUGAAAAAAAUAAUGAUUCUACACUAACAGAAUAUGAUCCUUAUUCAGAUGGAUUAUUCUCCAAAUUUAAAAAAAAAGAUAUAAUUUUACCAUAUGAUUAUAUCGAUAUUGAAAUACGCCAUUGCCGUGAUUUAGACAAAAUAUUGCUUUAA